AUGCCCGUGUACAAGAUUGCGACCAAGCGCCUUGCGCGCAAGCAGAGGGAGGACGAGCUGGGCAUUACGGCCAUCAAGGCUGCGAUGGGCAUUGACGGCGCGAGCGACAGCGACGACAGCGAGAGUGACGACAGCGACGAGGAGUCUGGCUCGGAGGAUGAAGAUGGCGACGAGGAGGAGGAUGAUGACGAGGACAUGCUGAGCGAAGAGGAAGACCUUGGGUCGGACGAGGACGAGGAGGGUGGCGAGCUUGCUGGAUCCGACGACGAGAUGGAGUUUGACGAUGGUUCCGACGACGAGGAUGACUUUGACCUCAAGAUCGAGGACGUUGAGGCGUCCCCCUUCUGGCCCCCUGCUACCUUCCCCCAGGGCUGUGUGCUCUGCCCCGAGCGCAUGUUCAAGAACGCGCACGAUGCCGAGGAGCACCUUGCCAGUGCCACGCACAAGCGCGGUGUCAAGCGCUGGCAGAAGCGCCUGGCGCAGAAGGACGAAGUCCCUCUUCCCAGCGACGACCCCCGUGAUAUUGUCGACGAGCUCAUGGAGCCCUUCCGUCUCGCUCAGUUCGAGGCCAAGGAGGCCAAGCGCCAACUCAAGGAAGAGAAGAAGGCCAAGAAGGAGUUCAAGGCCGCGGCCGGUGGUGACGACGACGACGAGGCUGAGAAGAAGGAGGAGGAGGCUGCCCCCGCCGCUGCUGCUGCGACUGACGGCAUGAACCGUGCCCAGCGCCGUGCUGCCGCGCGUGCCGCCCAGGGCAAGCAGAUCACCGAGGACCGCAAGGCGGACAAGCAGAGUGCCGCUGGCAGGCGCCGUGCGCGCAAGAACGCAAACGUCAAGGCUGCCGCCGCUGUGGCUAUCCGCGCCGAGACCCGGGGGUCUAUCAAGGAGAAGAAGAAGGAGAAGAAGGCCCAGGCCAAGGCUGGCAAGACGGCCUAA